AUGAGCGAACAGAACAUAGAUUACGACUUUCCAAUACUUGUAAAGGACGGAUGGUGCAAGCAGGAUGUACUGCUCUUGAUUGCGUUGUUGAAUGAGCAUCGUGGGGAUUUCCGCAAGGUCGGAGAGGUGAUGAAACGUUCAGCUCGUGAAUGUCGCAGAAAAUGGUCAUCCGAUCUAAAGCAUUUGAGCCUAGAUCGUGAAAAAUUGCAUUUUAGUUCAAAAUGUGUGCGGACUACUAAAUCCGAUUACUUAAUCAUUUGGAAAAAUUCUCUUACCGAUCUUUUCGGCACAACUCUGGAAGUCGUGGAUCUCUUUUCUUUGUGA